UCACAGGUAAUGGUGACGUCGCCCGUGACUUUUAGCGAUAAAAGCUAACACUUUUACUCUCCACGGUGCUCACAGAUUUCUUACAGAGGGUUCAGAGAUCUGAGAGGCCGGAAGAUGAUGCUGAAAAGCUCUUCCACUCCGAUCCUUGGAUCACUCAUCUCCUCUUCUUCUGCGCUAUUUUCUGAGAGCCCUAACAAUGGCUUCCAACUCCACCACCACCACCUUGACAGAACGGCGUCCUCUUCCCCCUCCAUCCUUCACGGAAUUUCCCAGCGUUACCCCCAUAUAUCGGAUUCCUCCGAACGAGAAUCAUCCGCCGGCAUGAUUAGAAGAACUCGUUCGGAAGGAAAUAUCAAAGAUCUCCUCUCCAGCUGCUCUGAUGAUUCCCAAUCCCACAGGUCACUGAAGCCCUAUUUUUCCCGACGCCGAGAUGCAGCUCUGGAGACGAUUCCAUCUUUCUCCCUGUACAGUUAUAAGACAGUCGAAGAAGAUGAGGAGGAAAAGAUAGAGGAUCAGGAAGAGGAUUAUCAGAUUGCUGAGAAGUUCAGCUUUUUAGAACAUGGAGAGAAGAACGGUGUGGAUCUGAGUUUCAAUGAGCUAAGCCAGAGGGCUUCCCAGCCCCUUUUCCUUGCGAGAGGGCUCGGGAUUGAUCGGCUGGCUUCCGGGCUCAUGAACCUUGGCGUUGAUGGUGGCGCAGUUAUGGUUGGUGGUGGUGGCGGCGGCGAUGGGAGAGAUGGGAAUUGUUCAGUGAAGACUGACCAUGGAGGAGAAGGUUAUGAGCUUGAAAUGUAUUAUAAGAGGGUGAUUGAGGAGGACCCUGGCAACGCAUUGAUUCUCAGAAACUAUGCACAAUUUCUUUAUGAGUGCAAAAGGAAUCUUGUUCAAGCAGAAGAAUACUACUCUCGUGCUAUCCUGGCUGAUCCAGAUGAUGCAGAGACGAUUUCGCAGUAUGGCAAGUUAGUCUGGGAGCUUCACGGUGACUUCGAAAGGGCUUCAACCUACAUUGAGCGCGCUGCUAACAUAGAUCAAAAUAAUUGCUUUGUUCAAGCUGCAUACGCCUCUUUCUUAUGGGAAACUGCUGAAGAAGAAGUUGAGGAAGACGAUGGAUCACAAGAACUCAGUGAAGUGCCAUUUCAACUUGGCACAUUGGCUUCAGCAGGCGCAUGAUGAAUACAGCAGACAAGCAUCUGUAGAUUAUUACGUGUGGUGUCCGGACUGUCCGGAGGCGAAUUCAUACGCGCUUUGUCACCCGGAUGCACUGGGCCCCGGGUGAUGUGGUGUGUCCGGAUUAGCCUCCAGACAAAUCCAGACGCCCCACGUAAUAAUUUUUCCUGUAUGGGCCACUUCUGAUUGUUCAGCAGAAGGGAUUCUUCAGUAAGUAGGAAUUUGACCUUAUUUCGCUAUUAAAUCUGCUAGUAAAGUGUGCAAACGAUAGAUCUUGUGAAGUUGUUUGGACGCCUGGAGCUUCAUCAUGGAACUAUCAAUGAAAAUAAAUCCUUUGUUACUACU